AAAGAAACAGAGAGAGAGAGAGACUGAAGGUAGACGAUGGGAGCUCCGAAGCAGAAAUGGACAGCAGAAGAAGAAGAAGCACUUAUAGCUGGUAUUAACAAACACGGAACUGGAAAAUGGAAAAACAUACAAAAAGAUCCUGAAUACGGUCAUAUUCUUGCUGCUCGUUCCAACAUUGAUCUAAAGGAUAAAUGGAGGAAUAUGAGUGUUGCAACUGGGGAGGGUUCUAGGCCAAAAGGUGUUAAGGCUGCAGCAGCCACACCAAAGGUGCCAAAGAUGACUCCAUCAGCCAUCUUUCAAACUCCAUCAUCCUCUCAAACUGCCGAGGAUGCAAAAGAUAAAGUUUUGGAUCCUACAAAAAUCGCACCAGAUGUGAAGCCUCCACCACGGUACGAUCUGAUGAUCCUUGAAGCACUUUCUAACAUUAAAGAUCCCAAUGGUGCAGAUAUUGGUGCUAUCAACGAUUUUAUUGAGCAAAGGCAUGAAGUGCCAUCUAACUUCAGAAGAUUGUUAAGUUCAAAGUUGAGAAGGCUUGCGGCACAGGACAAACUUGAAAAGGUCCAACAUUACUACAAGAUCAAGAAAGACGCUCCGUUAGGAAUAACGAUGACGAUGGAACAAACACCAAAACCAAAUGAUAGUCGAACAAAACAAUCACAGGACUCUAGCUUUCCUAGCUCCACAUUCAAAGAAUCGACAAUGUUUACGGCCCAAAAAAUUGCUGAGGCUGAAAACAAGUCAUUUGUGGCGUCUGAGGCAGUUAAGGAAGCAGAGAGGGUAGAAAAGAUGGCUGAACACUCGGCAUGUAUGAAACUGUUUUUUGAAGAUAUAUUGGAACAAUGCAAACGUGGUGAACCUGCAAUCAUGGCUUUUUGAGAUGUGGGCCAAAAUUCCGGGAAAGGAAGCGCUUGGGUCUGGCAUCUGAACGAGUACAUUUGUAUAUUAAAAAGGCUUGUUAUGUGAGGUGUAGACGCUCGUUUUCUUCUUUUUUUCCCCUUCAUAGAACGUUUAGAUAGAUUUUAUAACUGCUUUAUAGACGGGUAGACAUCAAGUCUUGUUAUGUGAAAAAUGAGUGAGAAACGGAGUUCCCAGGGUGGAAUUUUUUUUGCCAUGCUUUGAAUACAAUUUGCACUGUAAGGCGCUUAUUUUCAGUACAUGGAAAAGCAACAUGGAUGGAGUUUCUCCAUGGAUCAAAAUUUCUUAA